GCGGCAGGCAGGGUGGGGGAGAAGGAGGGAGAGGAAGCGGCAGAGGCAACAGCUCCUUUGAUAAGCAGCUUCCUGAACACUUUCAAAGCCCCGGGUUCAGACCGACGUGCACAGCGCCCGCGGCCCCGUGCCGGGACGGACGGAGCCCACACCUCAGGGCGGCAGAGGAAGCUGGGGAGGAGAAGGAGCUUUGCCACCCUGAGCUGCUGCCCGCGCCAUGGGGACGUCUGCCCAAAGAAGAACCAGCAUCACCCACAUCUCCCUGCCAGGGGCUGCUCGGGGCUGCUGGUGGUGGAGCCUUGGCAGCCUCCUCCAUCCAGAUCACCCCAUCACCUCUUGCUCAACCAUUCAGAUAGAGCAGUUUCCUCUUGACAGUUGCUGAUACUUGUGGGAUGGAGGAAGCUGUCCCAGGGCCGUUCCCCCCACCCCAGUAUGUCCAAACAACAGGAACUGGCCAUGAGCUGCACAGCAUCCUCCUCUGCUCCUCAUCCCUGGGGGCUGCUGCCCUCCACGUUAAGCUCACGAGCUUCCAUCCCACCCCAUCCAAGCCCCAGAUCCUUCCUCCUGGUGGGUGCUACAGGCGCUCUCUCCAUGCCACCUGUGGAUGCUGGAGCCCUGAUGCCACGGCAAUGAGGACCCGAAACACCUCCUCUGCUUAGGGAUGUUCUCAUCCUGGUCCAGCAAGGGGUUCAUCAGCCUCCUUGUGUCUCUCUCAUCUGCCCUGUGUUUUCCAGCUGCUUCUCCUCUGAUGGCAACUCCUUCCCUCGGGAGCUGAGGCCCCCCCACUCCCAUUCCUCGUGCUUCAGGACGAGCGCUUUGUGGCUGCCGCAGCAUGGUCCAAUCCUGCUCAGUGUGCCACAGAGCUCAUAACAGCAGCCUGACAGCCCGGGUGGCCACCAAAGCCAUGGACAAGGCAGACAAGCCCAGUCCCUCUGUGAAGAAGCACGUGCGGCUCCAAGAGAGGAGGGGCUCCAACGUGUCGCUGGUGCUGGACAUGAGCUCGCUGGGCAGCGUGGAGCCCAUCCAGCCCGUAUGCACCCCACGGGACGUCACGCUGCAGUUCCUGAGGACAUCCAGCCAUGUGCUGAGGACGGAGGAGCUUCAGCAGCAUGCCCAGAGCCUGGCACAGCUGCAGGAGGAGUUCUCGAAAAUCCCUCCCAACUUCGUCAGUCCGGAGGAACUGGAGAUCCCUGGCCGUGCCUCCAAGGACAGAUACAAAACCAUCCUCCCCAACCCCGAGAGCCGGGUGUGCCUCAGGAGAGCAGGGAGCCAGGAGGAAGACGGCUACAUCAAUGCCAACUACAUCACGCAGGGCUAUGCAGGACGUCCCCGGGAGUACAUUGCCACCCAGGGGCCCAUGCUGAACACCGUGACUGAUUUCUGGGAGAUGGUGUGGCAGGAGGAAGCACCCAUCAUCGUCAUGAUAACCAAGCUCCAGGAGCGCAAGGAGAAAUGUGUCCACUACUGGCCUGAGAAGGAGGGCACCUACGGCCCCUUCACCAUCCGUGUGCAGGGCAUUAGCGAGUGUGCGGAGUACGUGGUCCGCAGUCUCUCCAUCCAGCUGGAAGGUGAAUGCCGCCACGUCAAACACAUCCUCUUCCCUUCCUGGCCAGACCAGCAGACACCUGAGUCAGCCAAGCCCCUGCUGCACUUGGUGUCCAAAAUGGAGGAGAUUCUGCAGGCUGCAGCCAGCCCAGGGCCCAUCGUUGUGCACUGCAGCGCAGGCAUCGGUCGGACGGGCUGCUUCAUUGCUACCAGGAUUGGGUGCCAGCAGCUGAAAGACAAGGGAGAUGUGGACAUCCUGGGAAUCGUGUGCCGCCUGCGCAUUGACAGGGAAUGGAGCAGUGGCCAUGAGCUAACGCAGCAGAGCAGACCAGCCAAGGCCUUUCCUCGCGCUCCCAGCAGGACGUGCAACUUGUCUCGUGCUCCCAGAUGCGUAUCAAGAGGAGAGCUGCCAGGGCAGGAGCUGCACAGAAGUUCUCCCAAGACAGGCAGAGACCCCGUGGCUGGGGGGAAGUUGUCACCCCUCUCAGAUUUCCUAUCGGGGCUGGGAGUUUUGCCAGAUGAGCUCUGUGAUGCUGAUCACAAUCGGUUCAGCAGUUUUCCUGUCUUUCAAUCUCAAUUUCUACCCACUCAAUCUGUCCAAGGCACUUAUCAGCCAUUACCACAGCACUAUCAUCUGGGUAUCUCUCAAUCCUCCCUGUAUUUAUUCCCCAAGCACUCCUCAGGGCCAUGCUGAGCUAUUGCUGUGUUAUUGCAAAACACCAUCCCAUGGCUCCUGCAAUGUCAGGGGCAAAGUCAGGUGUUCUGUCUGUUCUGGCUGUAUCAGGGUAUGUCCUGGGAAACUGUGAUGUGCCCAGCAUGCAAAGGAAAGGAAUCACUCCAAAAUCCCACACUGAAAGGAUGUCAUGUUCCCCUGUGUCCUGGGCUGAUAUCAAUCCCCUGAGCUUGGGCAAACAAGUUUCCCAUCAGCAUCCAUGUGGACUCCAAGCAGUCCACGGCCAUGGCCCAGGAGAAAAAUGCUGAGGCACACUGACACUCUGAGGGAGCUCAGGGAGCUCACAGAGGCCCUGCGGUCUCCCCAGCAGGUCCUGCAGUGGUGGCACCCAUAGAGGAUGAGGUGCACCAGCAUCAUUUCUCAG